AUGGAGCUCGCACGUCCCUCCAGAAAGACUAACGGCGUGGGCGUCCAGGUCGGCGACACUCAGGUCUGCGUGGUCAUGGUCGGUCUGCCAGCUCGAGGCAAGUCAUUGAUCGCACAAAAGGCUCAACGUUACCUCAAGUGGCUCUCGAUCGAUGCUCGAGUCUUCAACGUAGGCAAUUACCGACGAAAAGGCGCCGCACAACCUACUGCCGAUUUCUUCGACGUCAACAAUGCAGAGGGUGAACGUGUCCGACGAGCUGCGGCCGAGGCUGCGGUCAAUGAUAUGAUUAAGUGGUUCAAGCACGAGCACGGAAUCAUUGCCAUUCUUGACGCUACCAACAGCACAAAGUCUCGCAGACGCUGGAUCAAGGAUCGCUGUGAUUCAGAAGGCAUUGAGACCCUUUUCGUUGAAAGCAAGUGUGAUGAUGAAGAUCUGAUUAUGAGCAACAUUCUUGAGGUGAAGACUACUUCUCCGGACUACAAGGGACAAGAUCCUGAGAAGGCCGCUCAAGAUUUUCGUAAUCGCAUUCGCAAUUAUGAGAAGAUCUACGAGACUAUUGAUGAGUCUGAGCAAGAUCUUACUUAUCUGAAGAUCAUGGAUGUGGGCAAGAGAUGCAUCAUCAAUGCGAUUCAAGAUUACUUGCAAAGUCGGGUUGUCUACUACUUGAUGAACUUGCACAUCAAGCGCCGAUCUAUCUGGCUUUCACGACACGGUGAAUCAAUGUAUAAUGUUACUGGUCAGAUUGGUGGUGAUGCAGAUCUGUCUCCUCGAGGUGAACAAUAUGCUUCGAAGUUGCCUGAACUGGUUAUGCAAUCAUUUGAAGGACAAGAACACCCUCUCACUGUCUGGACUUCAACUCUCAAGCGUACCAUUGCGACCGCUCGACACCUUCCUAAGGAAUGGAACCAACUCCAAUGGAAGGCUCUCGAUGAACUUGAUUCGGGUGUUUGCGACAACAUGACAUAUGCUGAGAUUGCGGAGGAGUAUCCAGAAGAUUUUGAGGCUAGAGACCAAGAUAAGUACAACUACCGUUACCGAGGCGGCGAAUCCUACCGUGAUGUUGUUAUCCGACUUGAACCCAUCAUCAUGGAACUCGAACGAAGCGAGAAUAUCCUGAUUGUCACCCACCAGGCAAUCCUGCGAUGUAUCUAUGCCUACUUUAUGAAGGAAGACCAAGAACGAUCACCAUGGCUCAACGUCCCUCUUCACUGUCUUAUCAAGUUGACCCCUCGAGCAUACGGUACCGAGAAAGUGGUUUACAAGGCUAACAUCGAUGCUGUUUCGACAUGGCGCGGCAAAGGCAGUAAGGCCCUGCAUGAGGAUCCAACCGAAGAGACGGAGAGUUUGGCGAAGUAG